CCUCUCGAGGAAUCCGAGAAGCACAAGGUCGAGUACGAGGUUCAUCGGUUGGUGGUUAAUAGAGAUCCCAAAUUCACCAACUUUGUGGAGUUCCGUACCCACAAGAUUAUAUACAGAAGAUAUGCAGGAUUGUUUUUCUCACUCUGUGUUGAUAUUACUGACAACGAGUUAGCUUAUCUGGAGAGCAUCCACUUGUUUGUCGAAAUUUUGGAUCACUUCUUCAGCAACGUCUGUGAACUAGAUUUGGUUUUUAACUUCCACAAGGUAUAUCUGAUAUUAGAUGAGUUCAUUCUUGCUGGGGAACUUCAAGAAACGAGUAAGAAGGCAAUUAUAGAAAGAAUGGGGGAGUUGGAAAAGCAGGAAUAGAGAUUUAUGUGGCAGCUACAGAUAAAGCACCUUCCCUUGCCUCCAAAGUUUACACCUUCUUUCUGCUGGCUGUAUUUCCCUGUUAAACAUCUAAAUGUUCUUGUGCUUCAGUUAUCUAUUCGAACGUGUAUCAUUUCUUUCAUUCUUACAUGUAAAAGAGGUUUUCUUUUUUGCUUAUUUUAGUAAAGAAUCUUUUUUGGAAGUGUCUUGCUUCUCUAUCAGUAUGCAGAUGUUAUGAGAGUGAUGAAUUUGACAUUG